GUCCUUUCCAUAAGCUAGAUAACCGAAAACUCGAAGAUGAGAGUAUUGUGGUGUCUUCCCAAGCAGAACUUCAUAGGGAGUUUGAUUGCCUAUGGACUUGGAGGGUUGAUGAGGUAGGUUGUUGUGAGAGUAGAUUCACCCAAAAACCUCAAUGAAAGAUUAGCACGAAAAAGAAGUGUGCAAGCAUUCUCCAUAAGAUGUAUGUGCUUACGCUUAACCACGCUAUCCUUUGCGGCGUAUCAGUACAGGAUGUCUUCAAAACAAUCCCACGAACCACAUAGAUCGUGCGUAAACUCUUCGCCUGAAAUUGCAUGUUGUUAUCGGCUUGAAUUCUCAUCACCUCCCCGUUCAAAUUGUGUCCGCCGCAUAUUAAUGAACAUCUCAAGGUAGUGCUCAACUUCAAAUUUAUAUCUUAACAAAUAAAUCCAAGUAACAUGACUGAAAUCGUCUACAAUUGUGAGAAAAUAAUGUGCUUCACUAUGUGUCGGAACCUUAAAAUUUCCCCAAAUAUUCACAUCAAUUUAGUUAGAAGCUAGCUGUAUUAGGCUUCUACUUAAAGAAAUAUAGUUAUUAUUCUUCAAAAGCCCAAACUGUAAUAUACAUAUGGAACCCCAUAUCCAUGGAAUGUGGUGGUGGGGUGGUGUUUGCUAUUAUACCCUUAAUGAAUUAUGUUAUCAUGGACUCGUGGUGGGUGUUAGCACCCUAUUUGAUCCCUUAGCCAAAAUAAGACUUGUUUAAUGGAAUUAGAUUUAUGAAUAAUUUUUGGCGGGGUGAGGGGAAGCUUGUGUGUGAGUGUUUGCUAUCAUACCCUUAGUGAAUUAAGUUAUCAUGGACUCAUGGUGGGUGUUAGCACCCUAUCUGAUCCCUUAGCCAAAAUAAGAGUUGUUUAAUGGAAUUACUGUCUUACAUAUUCUAUAAUUUGGGAAGAAAACAAUGGAAUUACCGUCUUACAUAUUCUAUAAUUUGGGAAGGAAAAAUCAUGAAGCAAAUGCCAAAAAUUAUUCAUAAAUCUAAUCUUGAUCCCUAACAAAAUUGGUGCCAACCAUUCUUCCUCUUUUCUAGGUAUGUUACAAACCAACUGAUCUAAAUAACUCGACUUGCUGGGAGAUUGCUAUGUAUAGAUCUUAAUCGCUUUCUUUCACCACCCUCAAACCCAUUAGUUUGAAGUUUGAAAAGGCCCAAACAAUGUGCUUAAAGAAACCGGUUAAUAUUGGUCGUUGUGAGAACUUGAACACAUGACUUCAAAGACAAACAAGCUAUGAUAAAAUGUCAUGAACCAGUUGGUAGCUCGAGUUGUUGGAAGAGGUCCAUGUAUGAUUCUUAAUUAUUCCAUUACACACCCACUUAAACGAAAACAAACUCACGAGGUUGAAGUUUGCACAGGCUCCCAUACCAUGGGUUUUAAGACAACGAUUAGUAUUGAGAAUCAUCAGGACUGGAACACCCGACCUCAAAGACAAACCAACUCUUAUACAAUGUAUAAACCAAGGUUGUCAAACCAUGGGUUGCCCCGGACCCGCCUAUAAAAACGGGUUACAACCACCCAUUUGUGUGUCAGCCCGGAUUUUGUCAAACCCGAUGAAACCAAGUCAAACCCGGUGAAACCCAAGCGGUUGGCCCAUUGGAGCGGGUCAACAGGCUUCUCCUCGUGGGGCGCCGUUUCUCGUUAUGCCUCUGGGUGCGGCGUCGUUCUCUUGGCUGAGAUGUCACCUGGAGAUCGCAGCAACAAGCAGAGCACGGGAAAUCGAAACCCUAAAUCAAUUUUGGCCUCUGGAAAUGAAUUGGCGACCUCUGUUUCUUGUACCACCAUGGUGCUCGCGCGGCUGGCGGGUGGUCGACGUCGUCAUGAUGGCCAAAGAGUGGCAGAUACGAAGGAAUGGUAGACGUGAAGGUCGCCGUGGAGAUAAGGAGGCCGGUGGACUUGAAAGAGAUGAAAGGUGAUGGUGAGUUUCAUCUUUCGUGGCGGUGCCGGUGGAGGUUUGGGAGAGAGUUUGUGAAUUGGGCGGUGGGUUAGAAAGAGAUGAGAAUGCUAGGGCGGUGGCGAGGAGGAUUGAACGGUUCCCACCAGCAAGGGUUUCCAAUUAAUUGCAAACAUUUGGGGGUGGUUUUGUCCGUUUAUGCAAAAUCAUAUUGAAAGAAUUAUUAUUAGCUUUCUGAUUAUGCUUUGAUUUUUCGCUUCUCAUCAUUUUAAGUGUUGUUAAAUUUUUAUUAUGUUGGAUUUAAGUUUAUGUUAUAUGAGGAAUUUAAGUGUAUUGAAUUUUAACGGGUCUUAAAUUUUUACUAUGUUGGAUUUAGGACAAGUACAAUAUAGUGACCGUUUCUAUAUAUUUGGGCUAAACCGGGCUAAAACGGUGACCCAUUAACCCAUGACCCACUAGCUCGACCGGGUCCGGGUCGACCCGCGGGUUGACAACCUUCGUAUAAACCAACUCUUAUGAAGGCUCCCAUACCAUGUGUUUUGGGAGUUGUCAAGACUUGAACACCUGACCUCAAGGACAAACCAACUCUUAUAUAAUGCCAUAAACCAACUGGUCUCAACAUAUAAAGUUGGGAGAUGUCUAUGUAUGGAUCUUAACCACUUUCUUACAUAAUCUCUCAAACGAAAGCCAACUCAUGUGCUUGAAAUUUGCACGGGGAGCUCACACAUUAGUUAUGGAACACAUGGCGGGGCGGGUACCUAAAUUCACAUACUCACCCCACAAUAAGCAUAGGUCAUGACGGGUAAAACCCGCUCAGGCAUCGCUCUGGGGUCAGGGGAUUGAUCCAUUCUUAUAUGAAAAAAUGUCGAUAUUUAACUCUUUUACAAGAAAUAAUAGUAAAAACACUUUAUAAAUGAAUGAUAAAUAUAGCAUAAGAAAUAUUUGAAUCUAAAUAGUUGAAAUAUAGUCUUAAAAUUUCUUUGGGAUGAAAAUAUGAUUUUAGAAAUGUCAAACAGGAGAAAUACAUGCUAAUUAUCAUAAAUGGUAACAAACCUAUUCACUUUGUACAAAAUGGUCAUAAUCCUUUAAUUUUGCACGUUUUGGUAAUACACGUUUGACCAAGUAACAAAACGGUCAUUCCGUCACUCUCCAUCUAAAAUUCUGUUAGUUUAAAUCUAGUCAGCUCUCCACGUCAUCAAAAUUAUUGAUAAAAAAUUAAAUUAAACCAAACCUAAAGUAACCGAACGAUCGAUAUAUCCCAACCGGCCAAGCCUUCCCUGGCCCUUUUGUAGUAUCCCUCUCCUCUCUCUCGCCGCAGAGGAGGAAUCGACAGCAGAGGCACCUGUGGAUUGGGAGCAUGUAAUCGGCAGUAAAGUCUCUUUCUUGGCAACUUUGUUUUGCAAUGAUAGGGCUGACUCUUCAGAUUCUUACUGUUUCCAACUUCCAAUUCCACAUCUCUUUCUUUUUGGAGCAUGUCGAAUUUAUAGUGGAUGGGGGGAGCCAUAGACUAAGUUUGGGGGUUUGUUUUAGCAGGUGGAGGAAUAGAGAUUUGUCGUGGAGGAAAGGGAGUGUGACCUUUCUUCAAGACCCAGACAUUACCGUCGACGACUGGCCGACUUGGAAACAGCCUUCUUCCGGUUGCCCGCUUCUCUCGCUAGCAACCUUCGGUGUAGCCGGCGUAGUUUCCGACCUAGUCACGGAAUCCAUUGAUUUCUCACGAGCAGCGAAAAGAAAGAACACCCCAAAACUUGAAAAGAGUGAGAAUUUUCGGACAAGGAUUGUUGUGCUGUGGUGGCGGAGAAGGAGCUGCAAGAGAGAGGUAAAGGGUCCGGCUGGUUCAGGUGCUGGGUUGGAGGUAGAUGAAGAGAAAUUGGACAAAUUAACACAGUGGGUUUGAUCCAGUUGAAUUUUUUAAUAAUAAUUUUGAUGACAUGGAGGGUUGAGUAGAUCAAAUUAACAGAAUUUUGGACG